UUGAUAGACAUUUUUACAUAGAUACCGUCAUUAACGUUUUUUCAUCAUUUGUACAAUUUUCCCAUCUGCAAAAGGAGCUGGAGACUAGAGAGAAGCUCAAGAACGAACUGAAGAGGAAGGAAAAAUGGAGCAAAAAGAGCAGGAACAGCCAGGUAGAGACAGAGAUGAAUUAGUCCUAUAUGUAAGAAAAUCAGUUUAUGGCCUGCCCACUGCAUGUCCAAUCUGCCUUCCUGCUUACAUCUAUCUCAGACUUGCCAACAUCUCCUUCACUACUUAUUAUGAUGUCAAUAGUCCGGACUCGGAGGAUCUACCACUGGUCGAAGUUGGCAGUUAUGCAGGAUUCAACAGUGAAGCUGGUGGAAUUUUUGAAUUUCUUAAAAAAGAGAACAUUGUUGAUUUGGAUUCUGAAAUUCCUAGCUACAGUUUUCCAGAUUUGAUGGCAUCCAAGGUAUUGAUCAGUUCGUGGCUUGCUGAUGCAACUUUAUAUGAGCUCUGGGUUAAUUAUAACGAGAAUGUUGCAAACGAGAUUUAUUUUUCUGAUCUCCCCUGGCCAAUUGGUAAGAUUAUCUAUUGGAAACAAAAGAGAGCUGCAAUGCAGCGUCUUGGGAUAAAUUCCAGCAAUUGUCAAGAAAAAGAAGCAGAGCUAUACAGGAAUGCAGGUGCAGCAUAUGAGUCACUUUCAACAAAGUUGGGCGAUCAAAAGUUCUUCUUAGAAAAUAAGCCUACAAGUGUUGAUGCAUAUUUUCUGGGGCAUGCUUUGUUUGUUCUUCAGACUCUGAAUGAUUCAUCCAAAUUGAGGCAAGAGUUAAUGAAACAUGGUAAUCUCAUUAGAUAUACUGAGAAUCUGAAAACUGAAUUCCUUGAGGCCAGCAGUUCAUCAGCACCUCCAAGGUCUUCCCCACAUUUUGCCAGCAGCUCAAGGACAAGUAGAUCACGCACUUCAUCUGGAGGUGCCAAAUAUAGGGGUUCAAAGGAGAAGCAAACACAACCAAAAACAGAAGAAGAAAAGACUUUCAAGAAGAGAGGCAAGUACUUCUUGAUUACGCAAUUUGUUGCAAUAGUUGUGUUCUUGUCACUUAUGGGAGGUAUUGAAACUGGAGGAGAUGAGGCUGAAAUGGAGGAGGAUGGAUUCUUUUCUGACGACUAGAAAUUGGAAAAUCUUUAAGUGAAUCUUUGCUGAGAUAAUGUUCAAAAUCUGUUACCUAAGUUGCUCAAGGCAAUUAUACCUGUGAAUUCAAAUUUGUAUUUCAAGAGGAUUAUUUCAUUUUGAACAAGGAAAUAAUUUCACCACAUCAAGGGCGGCUACAUUUAAUUCUUGCAGAGAAUGGUGAGUUGUAUUUUUCCAAAUCAGAUUUAAUUGUAAGGUUUGACCAGCCAGGACAUAAGGACGGUAACUUCAUAAACCAUUUAAAAUUCUUUGGAGUUGCUUGCAGGAAAUGGACACAUUUAAUACGGCAGAUAAAUGCAAUUUUGCACACUAAUUUAUUUGGUUUGCACCUUCUCUUCA